UCGGCGGGGCUGCCCGGGCCGCUCCAGCCCCGGCCCCGGCCCCGGCCCGCCCCUCGCCGCGCCCAGCCCUGCACCUGCCUCCCCGGCACCUCCCCCGCUCCUCGCUCCGCGCCGAGCCGCCGGCCAGUCGGGGCCGAGCCGCCUCGGGAGCUGCUGCCGGAGCCGGCGCCCGCCAUGGGCACGGUGCGCGGGAGGAUGCGCUGCAUCAAGAUCCUGUUGUUCAUCUUCAACUUGACGUUCUGGCUGGCAGGAUUGGCUGUCAUUGCCUUUGGCCUAUGGCUGCGGUUUGGUGGCGUCAUGGCAGACUUUGCUUCAGACAAAAAGUCUCCAGAGUAUUUCUUCAUGGGACUCUAUGUAUUGGUGGGAGCAGGGGCUCUCAUGUCCACAGUUGGAUUGUUUGGGUGCUGUGGAGCAGCGCGGGAGUCCCAGUGCUUACUUGGAGCAUUCUUUGCUUGCUUGUUGGUGAUAUUUGCAUCUGAGAUCACUGCUGGAGUAUUUGCCUUUAUAGGCAAGAAAGUGGCAAUACAGGAAGCCCAGAAAAUCUAUGAAGACAUUUAUGAUGACUACAUGAAAAACCCAGGGGGGAAGGUCAACAGGACUAUCUAUCACUUACACGUGGCUCUCCAAUGUUGUGGCAAAGAAAAUAUGGAACAACAAACGGGACUACCCUGUCCAGAGAAUAUCCAGAUGCCAAAGAGCUGCCUGGUUGAGAUCCAGAAUGUAAUUGAUGCUAAUCUGCAUUUAGUCGGAAUUGUUGGAAUUGCAAUUGCUGGCAUCACAAUCUUUGGCAUGAUAUUCAGCAUGGUUCUGUGCUGUGUGAUCCGUGACAUGAGAGACAUGAUCUAAAACUUUCACUGCACAGCGAUGUCCCGGGAGUUCCAGACUAAGCUUUACAAGAAGUGCUCUUCUACCCAAUUUAAUAAUUGUAAUGCAUUUUAAUUAGUGUUUUAACAUACUGAGAGGAAAAUAUCCCAUUAGGUGAGCAGGGGAAUUGUAUCACAGUGACACUGAACAGAGAGGUUUUUAAAUGUCCUUUGUAAUGAAAAAAACCCCAGAGGUGCAGCUAAGACUAAUUUGAUUUUUAAUGUUUGUAUAUGAGCAAUUAAGAGUUUACACAUCUAUAGACAUUGUGUAAGCACAUGCACAUGUCUCCUUACAAAUAUCCAUGCAUGUGAGUGGGUACCUGUAGAUGCAGGACCUCGUUUAGGUAAGUACAUGCAAAUGGAAUACAUUGUGUGCAUGUUUGCAUGGAUCCUUCCAGAGCCUCACCAUGCCAGAGCCUACGCACACCCACAGGUAUACAGUGCUUGAAAGCCCUUCCUAUUGAGCUCCAGUUUGCCAACAAUUAGCAGAGGAACAAAUGCCAUUUUAAAAAGUCAGACCUAUGAUCCAUCCCGUAACUGUUCUUUCCAGAGCCCAAACAGAGUAGAAUCAAUAAAACUGGACUUUAUUAAGCAACAACUGAAUGCCCAAGAGCCUGCUCCAGCAAACUUUAAUUCCUGUGAGUAGACCCACUGACUUCACUGUCAUGCAGAGACUGGAUUUUUUUAGUUUUUAGGACCAGGCCCUUCAUGCAAAAUGCAGAAAGCUCUGGGGGAGGAAACAUGUCCAAGGAGAUCCAGGCUAAAGGAAGAGGGGGAAAGAGGUGGGAAGCUGACAAGAUAAUGCAGUCAUUUGGGAGCAAAGUGUGCUUAAGCUUCCCAAGCUAGUCUGAGACGCACAUGCAAAAGUAAAUCUAUGAGUUAAAAGGGGCCACUAAAAUCCUUCUUCGAUUCAGAAGUCCCUUUAUCCUGCAAGACUCUCUAUGGUAUAUAUGCUGGUGCAGGAGUGGAGCCUAUACCUAGAAAAGCAGCAGCUUUGUCAGAUACUCUAACUGGCCUGUGGAAGCCAACCGGAGAGUGAAUCUGGUCAGGGAAAGACACGCAGCACUUUAAUAUCCUCUGUUUCUGCUUCUGCGACUAUCACAGCUUCCAUGGGGCUCUUACCUCAACCUCUCACCCUUUCUUGCAGGUGUAAGGCAGGAAAGCAAGAUGGGACGUUUUUACAGAGCCAUAAAGUAAAUUUUCUUACUGGCACCUUUAGAUUGCAUGUCAGGUAUAAAAAUGACACUGUGUGCUUGAAAUACCUCAGGGCUUGCGUUUACAGAGUUUGUUUCUAUAUUUUUAUUUUUCUAUUUAUCUAUUUAUUCAUAAGAGAAUGUUCCUUAUAAAACAGCUUAGAACAAGAGAAAGGUUGUCCCCAGAAGGGGGGAAAUAAAUUACAUCAGAGCCUCAGAAACACUUAACUUUUGGCUUACUUGAGAUAAUUCACCAUUUCAGAGAACAGCUUUUUGCUAACAAUAUCCACGUAGCAGCUCUGUCUCUCUGAUGAUCACUAGUUCAUAUUUCUGAUGCAGUUGUUCCAGACAUGUGGUGGAGAAGGCCACGAUGUCUAACAGGACUUGGCAUUUACAACUCCCACCACUUCUACUUCAGAUUUGGAAUGAGUGUUGCUGUUCCACGUGUCCAGUUUAAUCAAGAAUGAUAGAAUGGUGAGUUAGAAGGGACUUCUAGAGAUCAUCUAGUCCAACUUCCCUGCUAAAGCAGGUCCACUUAAUUUAAUUGACACAUUUUGCUGUCUGUUACAUAGAUUUCUCUUUUCAAAUUGCUCAACCACAAACUGUGACAGCUCUGCACUAAAGGCGAGGUGUGCAGCAGGCACUGCCAGCUGAGCAGUUUCUGAGCCUAGCUUCAGGUACCCAGCUGAUAGGGAGACAUUACCUUGUACACCAGAGAGAGUUAGGCUUGCAUCACUCACACACAGCAGAUGAGCUAUGGAUGCCAUGUCAAAGUAGAGCCUGGGACCUUAGUCUGCAAGUGUCAGACCAGGAAACAAGGCCCUGAUCUGCUGCCUGCUCCUAAGAAAGGCUCAACUUGGAGAAUGACACUGGCAGCAAAUGCAUGAGGGUACCUCAAGCUGAAACUAAGAAAGUUUCUCACAACAGACAACUGACAUAGCCAAAGCAAAUUCCUGGAUCCCAGGUACUCUUGAGACUGUCCCUACAACUGGUUCUACUCUAAAGAGAUAAUGGGAUAGUAUGCAGCUGGGGUGCUUUCUCCCAAGGUAAUAUUGACAGAAAGAAGUGCAAGAGAGCUUCCCAGGAAAACCAGUAAAAACAGCAUGAUAGGGAAACCAGUAGUUGAGGUUCCAAGAUUAGUACCCUACAGAGAUAGAAAUUUAUUGCAAAUAAAGCUAUUUCCUUCUGUUACACUCCCCCUUGUAAUGACAGUAUCUUAUUUAAACACAUCUACAUAUAAUUGGUUUCACUUCCUCAAAUUUGUAGCACCAGAAUGUAAUGAUAGGACCAGAGUUUACUUCUUUAUUUGUUUACUGUUUAAGUAAUUUGGAAGUUGCCCACUCCUGCUUUUGAGACACACUGAAUAAAGAGGCAGCUUGCAGAAGCUUCUGUUGCUUCCCCCAUCCCCCGCUCCCCCAGAAGCACAAAAAAAAUCCAAGUGCCUUAUGAAGACAGGGAAGAGUGGUACAAGGAAACCUUCUAUAAAUUCAGACUUGAACAACCUAACUUUCUGCUGAAGUCUUUUGGGUUUGCAUUUGUGGGGUUUUUUUUCCCUUCCUCUGAGCAGUGCAUUUGUUUUUCUGAGCAUAAUUACUGCUUAUACUCUAGGGUUUUCUCUUUAUGUAUAGGGGAUACUUGCAGUGCAUAUCAGGAACAGAAUAAUAUAAGUUACCCUCUAAGUUAUUUAUAUAAUUUAAGAUGGAAAUCAACAAGUUGUGAAUCUACUAGUGCCUUUAACAGAAUCCAGAAAUGUAGCCUGUUUUGUUGUUUCCUGCCGUUGUCAGGUGCACAUUUGCAGUUUUCUGUGCAUCCUAGUAAGUGAAAGUCUUUUUUUAACUCAUUAUGGGACAGAAAAUACAGCUGUUCUUUCCUUGUCAAAGAUGUAACAAUUCUUUCCUGUUGCUUUUAGAUCACAUCUAGUGAAUAACUCCCAUUUCCAUUGUCUAUCUUGAGCAGCCCUUUUAAAAUGCUCAGAUGUCACAGGCACGUCUAUGGCUACCAAAACUGCAUAGAGAGUGCCCAGAGUUUAUUGUGCUGCUGCUCUUUCAUUUCAGCUCUCAAAAGCGCAAAAUCUUUGAUCUUUGUCAGCAGUACAAAAUUAUUUCCAAGCAAUUACACCAUAUGUCUUCAGUAAGACAGCUUUUCCAAGAUAACAUCCAGACCAGUAAUCUAAACUUCCUCAAAUACAGUUUGUGGCCCAAAGUUGCAUGUCAGGAUUUAAUUAACAAACUCCGAGGCUUCUAUGCACCAGAUCCAUAGUACCUGCCAUGGAAGUCAGCAGAAAUACCCAUUUAGUCCUGUCCCUUUUACCUGUUUCAGAGGAAAAAGAUGAAAGAUCAAAUCGCUCCAGGUGAUAAUUCUGAAAGCACAUCACAAGUGUUUUCUUCUUCUCCCGUGAAAAACAGUUUGUUCUGAAGCAUAAGGAUGUAAAUUGUCAAUGCCUUUAUUACAUCUCUAAACACCAUCAAUCACAUUUCUCUAGGUUUUUAAGUAACUGACUUGAGUGAGAGCUUCGUUUGUUACAGGAAAAUCUCAGUCAGUUUUGAUAGCCUGUAGAAAUUGCACAGGAGCUGAUGAAGCACAGGCCUGUAAUAUCCUUUCAAUGAAGAUUCCUAUUUCACUUCUCUUCAUACCGACAGUUUUAUAGGAAAACAAAGAAAAAGGAAUUGAGUUAAGCCUUCAGAUGCUGUAUUUUCCAGCCUUUGGAGGCUACUGAUGAACAGCAGCAGGUGCUGUUCACAGGACGUGUACAUAAAUAAAGUUUUUCAAUCUUAUUCCUCGCUAUUGGUGCUCCAGCCGUGAGGUUCUCCAAAACACAAACCACUUCCAAUACAACGCGAUUUGUUUCUAUAGGACAGAUUCCGAUUUUGGACAGAACUGGCGUAUCGGUUUAUGCUGCAAAGUCUGCAGCAAAAUUACCUCUAUGGCAGCUUUCUUUGCAAGAAAAACAAACCAACACAAUGUAUACUGAAAUGAGCUUUCACUUCCCUUUAGUGUAACGUGUUCUGAAGUGGCGUUUUAUCAGCUUUUCUCUCUUGAAUUUGAAACUUUCUAAUAAAAAUAACCUGAAAUAAA